AAUAAAUAAAAAAUUAGCUUCAAAAUUAGAUAGAAAUAAAAAAUUAAGAAAUGGAUGGUCUGAAGAAGAAGUCGACGUCUGUGACCACUACAACUCCCACGCGUCACUCUCUCUUUCGUCACGCGCUUGUUUCUUCACUUCCUCCUUCUCUCACCCUCACGGGAUUUCUCUCUCUCUCUCUCUCUCUCUUUUGCCGCAGCGAGAUCUCUCUCUUCUUCUCUCUCUCUCUGGCUCUAUGCAUCCACCUGUCUCCGUAAUUUGAUGGACAAGAAGAAACUGCCACACCCUAACCCAUUCAAUUCCUCCGAUCACCCACCGACUUACUCUGCUCUCUAGAAAUUUCCCUACGAGAAAGCUUCUUCCUUUUGUCUUUUUGCUUCUCCUUUCUUCUUCUCUUCUAUUUCUUCUCUCUACUCUCUACUUUCUUCUGUUUUUGGUAAUCGGAUGGCGCGAAAUCUGCCAUGGGUUCUGCUUAUUAUUGUGGUAUCGUGUCUUGUUUCAACACUUGAAGCUAGUGAAGGAGAUUCUGAUUCUCUUUACAAGUAAAAAGUCUUCUCCUUUCUCCUUUUCUAAGAUCGCUUCUUUCAAUUCACGGCUCUUCUCUGCUUUAUUCAUAUCUUUGGAGAAGUAAAAAUACAAACUUUAUUUCUUAAUUAGCUUUCUGUUAUUGCUUACUGACAUUAUAAAUGCUGAGCUAUGUUUUGAUUUAACUGUCAGAGUCGACCGUUAGAUUCAUUGAUUGCAUAACUCUGGCAGUUGAUUCUCAAAUUCUCGGUUUAGCUUUAAUGAUCUUUCUGUUUUAGGAUACAAGUUCAGAUUUUUUUACUUGUAAGGUAUGGAUUGAGUUUCACAGGUUUGGUGGAAAUUUAGAGCCACUAACAAAGGAGUGACUCAAGUAGGAGGAGCUUAUUAGAACUAUGUGGUUGACUUUUCCAAAUGAAUUUCUUUAGUCUUGUGUGUGGUGAGAGUUGGGACACGUUAGAGAUGAGAUCUUUGUGUGUUUCCACAAGCCCUUCAUUUUCACUGUAGUAGGGUCAUUGCUUUUGUUGGAAAGAUUAUAAAGGCAAAAAACUAGAUAGGGACUUAUGCUGCAAGUGGCUUUUGAGGAGUUAGGUGUUUCUUUUUUGUUGGGUGGAAGCUUGUCUUUCUCUCUGUCUCUCUGUUGUUUGCUUUGUAGGCCAUCUAAACAGCUUAAUCUAUCUUGAGCCUAAUUAGAAAUGAAAAAGCUCAGAAAUUUGUUUCAAGGCAGCUUACUACGAUUUAGCUAGACCGGUUGAUGUUGCAUUAGAGACAGGGUUUGUUGUAAUAAGGUCUUAUGGGUGUGUGUUAGUGUAAUGCUACAUAGCGUGGCAAAGGUUUAGUUCGAGAAAUUAGUUGGAUGUUAGUGUCAUAGAGUGGCUAUGGUUAAAGUUUUGUUGUUAGAGUAUCCUCGGUUGCUUUAUACUUUUGGCUUUUGCUGAGUUUAAGAAGAGACUAGUGUUAAUGUGCUAAUUGGUUUCCAGGUCAUGUGUUGAUCAAUGUCAGAAAACUGGAUGCGUGGGGGAUACUUGCUUCCAACACUGUAAAUUUUCAGCUGAUGGAAAAGCCAUUGACGGUCCAUGGUACAUGCAAGAGCCACUUUACCUGAGAUGGAAACAAUGGGAUUGCCAAAGUGAUUGUCAGUACGAAUGCAUGAUGACAAGAGAAGAAGAAAGAAAAAGAAACGGAGAGAGACCUACCAAGUAUUUCGGUAAAUGGCCACUCAAACAUGUCUACGGAAUUCAGGAACCUGUCUCUGUUGCUUUCUCUGCUCUGGAUCUUGCAAUGCAGUUUCAAGGAUGGGUCUCAUAUUUCAUCCUCGUUUACUAUAAAUUGCCUCUCCAGCCAAAUCGGAAAACGUACUACGAGUACAAUGGAAUAGUGCAUAUCUACGCCAUCAUUGUAAUGAAUUCACUCUUCUGGAGUAGUAUUUGUCAUAGCAGAGAUGUUGAAUUGACGGAGAGGCUAGAUUACUCUUCAGCUACUGUAUUAGCCGGAUUUUCGCUUAUUCUAGCAAUACUCCGGUCCUUCAGUAUUCAAGAUCAAUCUGUCAAAAUCAUGGUUACUGCACCUAUUCUUGCGGUUGUUGCAACUCAUAUUCUCUACCUUAAUUUCUACAACCUCGAUGAAGGGCUUCACUGGAAAGUUAUAUUCGGGAUUGGAGGAAUAGAGCUAGUAGUAUGGGGAUUAUGGGCGGCUUUAACGUCACAUCCAUCAAAGUGGAAGCUAAGAGCUUUCUUGAUCUCGAGCAUACUCACAUUGUGUCUUAGAAUGUUCGACUUCCCUCCGUACAAAGGCUACAUCGAUGCUCAUGCUCUUUGGCGCGGUGCAGGGAUUCCUCUUUCUUACCUUUGGUGGAGUUUCGUCUGCGAUGACGCAGUUUUCAGAACCACCGUUAAUCUCAAGAAAUCCAAGUGAUCAUGAACAAAUGAUACAAAAGUCUCGUUUAUCUUAUAUUUUUCCGGCGAGUUUCUCCGGUGUUCAGAAGUUGUUUUUAGGCGUGUUUUCGCAGAAGAAGCAAUGUUUUUGGUUCUUCUGUGGUGAAUCUGCUUCGCUUUUUGGGGUCUUCCUCUCUCUCUGUUUUUAUGUAUUAUUUUUGUUGUUGUUGGUUUUUUGUUUUUGCUCUCAAGGCUUGUCGGCCGGAGAGUUUUACCGUCGAGAGGGACCGAUCUUUUAGGAUCACCAGUUUCAUUUUCCCGCCCUUUGACUCAAAUCAAAAGUCCUUUUCUAGUUAUCAUUUUUCUCAAUGUAAAAAAAUGUUCUAUUAAUCUGUUUUUUUAUUCCUUUACUUCGUUUAGGUUACUUUGG